UGUGCUGAUGAGCGGAGUUUCUCUCUCUGUCCCUGGACGAGGAGGGGAAAUUCCUCAGCUCAAACGAUCUCUUUCCCAGUUGCCCAGGAAGGUCCCGUACCUGGCGUUUCCCAUCUCCCUGCCCUCAGGCCUAAGGGAGUGGCGGGGGCCCUGGGGCGGGGACAAGGCAGGCCUCGGGAGCCCGGGGUAGACUUGACGAAAGCCUCCCGCAGGCGGACACUAUGGGCCGAUCUUGGCUUCAGCUGCAGCAGCUCCGGCUAGUGCGGGGUCCGCAGGGCUGAGAGGCAACCCGAGGAAGAUCUCCGUCCCCUGUUCCCCCUCGCCUGGCCUCUGCUCGGAUUUCCUCCCGCCUGCCCCGCGGCACGCAGGCAGUGAUAGCUUGCGACCUUCCCGCCCGCCUCCUCGGGAUCGUCUAGAGGCCGGUCCAGCCGCGGGGGCCCGGAGCAGGGUCAUCGGAGGCCCGAGGGCUCCCACGCUUUUGACAGCUGCAUUCUCAGCCAGCCCGGGGCCCGAUCCAACAGCCCGCGGGGGAGCCGGUGUGGCCUGAAGUCCGGGGCUGCGCGGGCCCAGCGUGCGCACCUCCCCUGGCCCCUGGCCCUAGGGUUCUUGGUAUUUCCACGCGGAGAUAAGGCUCGGGAACUUGGAUAGCCCCCCCAUUCCAUACUAGGACGGCCUCGCAGAUCCCCUCUUUCCCCCGCCCUCCACCCCUCGUCCCCGUAUUUCAUCCUUUCUGGUGCCCACAACUCUUUAAGGCUGGAGGUUCUCGAGCGUUUGCUGCCCAGGACUCCCCCACCUCCUCCCACCCUCAUGGAGUCCGAGAUGCUGCAGUCACCUCUUCUCGGGCUGGGGGAGGAGGACGAGUCCGACCUGACCGACUGGAACCUGCCUUUGACUUUCAUGAAGAAGAGGCACUGCGAGAAGAUUGAAGGCUCCAAAUCCUUGGCCCAGAGCUGGAGGAUGAAGGACCGGAUGAAGACGGUUAGCGUUGCCUUAGUUUUGUGCCUAAAUGUAGGUGUGGAUCCUCCGGAUGUGGUGAAGACAACUCCCUGUGCCCGUUUAGAGUGCUGGAUUGAUCCUUUGUCAAUGGGCCCUCAAAAAGCUUUGGAAACUAUUGGUGCAAAUUUACAGAAACAAUAUGAAAAUUGGCAGCCAAGGGCCCGCUACAAACAAAGUCUUGAUCCAACAGUGGAUGAAGUCAAGAAACUUUGCACAUCUCUGCGCCGAAAUGCCAAGGAAGAACGAGUUCUCUUCCACUACAAUGGGCAUGGUGUACCAAGGCCCACAGUGAAUGGAGAAAUCUGGGUCUUCAACAAGAACUAUACUCAAUAUAUUCCACUGUCCAUCUAUGAUCUGCAGACUUGGAUGGGCAGCCCUUCCAUUUUCGUCUAUGAUUGCUCUAAUGCCGGCCUUAUUGUCAAGUCCUUCAAACAGUUUGCACUACAAAGGGAGCAAGAGCUAGAGGUAGCUGCAAUUAACCCAAGUCAUCCACUUGCCCAGAUGCCUUUGCCCCCAUCAAUGAAAAACUGCAUUCAGCUAGCAGCAUGUGAAGCUAAUGAACUACUACCUAUGAUCCCUGACCUUCCAGCUGACCUUUUCACAUCAUGCCUUACAACACCUAUCAAAAUUGCGCUCAGAUGGUUUUGCAUGCAGAAGUGUGUCAGUCUGGUGCCUGGAGUCACACUGGAUUUAAUAGAGAAGAUUCCUGGCAGACUCAAUGACAGGAGGACUCCUUUGGGAGAACUGAAUUGGAUCUUCACUGCAAUCACAGAUACCAUUGCUUGGAAUGUGCUGCCCAGGGAUCUCUUCCAAAAGCUUUUCAGACAAGACCUGUUGGUGGCAAGUCUGUUUCGUAACUUUCUGUUGGCAGAGAGAAUCAUGAGAUCAUAUAACUGUACCCCAGUCAGCAGUCCACGCCUACCUCCUACCUAUAUGCAUGCAAUGUGGCAAGCUUGGGACCUAGCAGUUGAUAUUUGCCUCUCCCAAUUGCCUACCAUUAUAGAGGAAGGAACUGCAUUUAGGCACAGUCCAUUCUUUGCUGAGCAAUUGACUGCAUUCCAGGUAUGGCUCACUAUGGGAGUAGAGAACCGGAACCCACCGGAACAACUUCCCAUAGUCUUGCAGGUGCUGUUAAGUCAAGUUCAUCGGUUGAGAGCUCUCGACUUACUGGGAAGGUUUUUAGACUUGGGCCCCUGGGCAGUGAGCCUGGCCUUGUCAGUUGGCAUCUUCCCUUAUGUGCUGAAACUACUCCAGAGCUCAGCCAGAGAGCUGAGGCCACUUCUUGUUUUCAUAUGGGCCAAAAUUCUAGCUGUGGACAGUUCAUGCCAAGCCGAUCUCGUGAAGGACAACGGUCACAAAUAUUUCCUUUCUGUCUUGGCAGACCCUUACAUGCCAGCUGAACAUAGGACCAUGACAGCUUUCAUUCUGGCUGUGAUUGUCAACAGCUAUAACACAGGACAGGAAGCCUGUCUUCAAGGCAAUCUGAUUGCCAUUUGUCUGGAGCAACUGAAUGACCCCCACCCUUUGUUGCGCCAGUGGGUAGCCAUCUGCCUAGGACGUAUUUGGCAAAAUUUUGAUUCAGCAAGGUGGUGUGGUGUAAGGGACAGUGCCCAUGAGAAACUCUACAGUCUUCUCUCUGAUCCCAUUCCUGAGGUUCGUUGCGCUGCAGUCUUUGCCCUUGGCACUUUUGUGGGUAACUCUACAGAGAGGACCGAUCACUCUACCACAAUUGAUCACAAUGUGGCUAUGAUGUUAGCUCAACUUAUCAAUGAUGGAAGUCCGAUGGUCAGGAAGGAACUGGUGGUAGCUCUGAGUCAUCUUGUGGUUCAGUAUGAGAGCAAUUUUUGCACAGUAGCCUUGCAGUUCAUCGAAGAAGAAAAGAACUACCCUCUGCCUUCUCCGGCUGCCACAGAGGGGGGAAGUUUGACACCUGUGCGAGAUGGUCCAUGUACACCUAGACUUCGCUCAGUCAGCUCUUAUGGAAAUAUUAGAGCAGUUACCACAGCAAGAAGUUUGAACAAAUCACUGCAGAAUCUGAGCUUGACAGAAGAAUCUGGGAGCUCUGUUGCAUUUUCCCCAGGCAAUCUCAGCACCAGUAGCAGUGCAAGCAGCACCUUGGGUAGCCCUGAAAACGAAGAGUACAUCCUUUCAUUUGAGACAAUCGAUAAGAUGAGAAGAGUCAGCUCUUACUCCUCACUGAACUCGCUCAUAGGAGUUUCCUUCAAUAGUGUUUACACACAAAUUUGGAGAGUCCUACUACAUUUGGCUGCUGACCCAUAUCCAGAUGUUUCAGAUUUGGCUAUGAAAGUGCUCAACAGCAUCGCCUAUAAGGCCACUGUCAAUGCCCGUCCUCAGCGCAUCCUUGACACUUCUUCUCUUACUCAGUCUGCCCCAGCUAGCCCUACCAACAAGGGCAUGCACAUUCACCAAGUGGGAGGCUCCCCUCCAACAUCCAGUACCAGCAGCUCCAGCCUGACCAAUGAUGUGACUAAGCAGCCAGGCAGCCGGGACAUUCCAUCGGGCAGACCAGCUAAUGUGGGUACCAUGGGUGUGCAGUAUACACCUCACUCCCACCAGUUCCCCAGGACACGAAAGAUGUUUGACAAGGGUCCAGAUCAGACCACUGAUGAUGCUGAUGACACCGUUGGACACAAAAGUUUCAUCUCAGCCACAAUGCAGACGGGAUUCUGUGACUGGAGUGCCAAGUAUUUUGCCCAGCCAGUAAUGAAGAUCCCAGAAGAACAUGACCUGGAGAGCCAAAUUCGAAAAGAGCGCGAGUGGCGGUUUCUACGAAACACCCGUGUGAGGAAACAAGCACAACAGAUCAUCCAGAAGGGUAUUACAAGACUAGAUGAUCAGAUCUUCCUUAAUAGGAACCCUGGUGUUCCCUCAGUGGUCAAAUUCCACCCCUUCACUCCUUGCAUAGCUGUGGCUGAUAAAGACAGCAUUUGUUUUUGGGACUGGGAAAAAGGGGAGAAGUUGGACUAUUUCCACAAUGGAAAUCCUCGCUACACAAGAGUCACUGCCAUGGAGUAUCUGAAUGGCCAGGACUGUUCAUUGCUACUGACAGCCACAGAUGACGGUGCCAUCAGAGUGUGGAAGAAUUUUGCAGAUGUGGAAAAGAACCCUGAGAUGGUGACUGCCUGGCAGGGGCUCUCAGACAUGUUACCAACAACAAGAGGUCUGGCCCGAAGGGUUUCAAUCUAUCUUGACCGAAGUAAGCAGGGAGGAGCAGGUAUGGUAGUGGACUGGGAGCAAGAGACUGGCCUCCUCAUGACCUCAGGAGAUGUACGGAUUAUCCGAAUCUGGGACACAGAUAGAGAGAUGAAAGUGCAGGAUAUCCCCACGGGUGCAGACAGCUGUGUGACAAGCCUGUCCUGUGACUCGCACCGUUCACUCAUCGUGGCCGGCCUUGGCGAUGGCUCCAUUCGGGUCUAUGAUAGGAGAAUGGCACUCAGUGAAUGCCGAGUUAUGACCUACCGUGAGCAUACUGCCUGGGUGGUGAAAGCACACCUCCAGAAACAUCCCGAGGGCCACAUCAUGAGCGUCAGUGUCAAUGGAGAUGUACGUUUCUUUGACCCCCGAAUGCCUGAGUCUGUGAAUGCCCUCCAAAUAGUGAAAGGACUGACGGCCCUCGACAUUCACCCACAGGCAAAUUUGUUUGCAUGUGGCUCCAUGAACCAGUUCACUGCUAUCUACAAUGGGAAUGGAGAGCUGAUCAACAACAUUAAAUACUAUGACGGGUUUAUGGGACAGAGAGUCGGAGCCAUCAGCUGCCUGGCCUUCCACCCGCACUGGCCUCAUUUGGCGGUUGGAAGCAAUGACUACUACAUCUCGGUGUACUCCGUGGAGAAGCGCAUCAGAUAACAGGAACCUGCAGCCUCCCCAGGGAUGGGGAGUCCUUCCCAGGCAGGGCUGUAUCUCUCCUGUCGUGUACAUAGUGAAAUGAUCGACUUGAAUGUUUAGUGUUGGCUGCUGCUGCAACCUGUAACUUGAACAUUUUUUUCUUCUGACUUAGCUACUGAUGAUUUGAGGAGAGACAGUUGCCUGCUUUCUUUUGUUUUUGCUAUAAUGUCUAGAAAGUACAGGAAAGGAAGGGGAUUUUUGUUCUUUUUGUUUUGAUGGUUGCUUCUCUGCUAAGAACACAACUUCCCGGCUCAAAGGACUUGAACAAACCACACCUGUUUUGUUUUUGUUGCCAUUUUGGUUGAGGUUUUUUGUUGUUGUGUUUGGGUUUUUUAGGGGGGGGGGGGAAGAUCCCAUUAGUUUUGUGUAUUUUUAUUUUGCCAGAAUAUUAGCUAGCAAAUAGCUGAAAGACCGAAGUCCAGACUGGCCAGGGGCUCACGUGCAGGGAAGAGCAAGCAUGCCCCACAUCUGUCUCUGCAGACAGCAAUGCCUGAUCUGGCCAUCCGUGGAACGAGCCCCGGACACUGGGCAGUUGUGAUGAAGCCAGGAGACAAUGAGCCAUCCAUGCAGCUUCUCCCCAUUUCUCUCCCUUCCUACACAGAGUCAGGAAUGUGCUCAGCUUACUGAGAAUGUUUGAGGGUGGGAGGUAGGAAAGACCAAGAAAAAGACCACGUGGAAACAUCCUACUUGAACUGUGCAUAUGAAUGGGAACCCCAAGCAAGGCAACCUUAAUGUAAGGAAAUGGGGAUGAUGUGUGAUUGAGCGGCUCUCCCUGGCUGGUAGGAGUGCCUGUGUGGGCAUGAUGAGGGACAAGAUUGUGCACCUUCACCUUCUUCCUGGCAGCCCUACUCUGACUCUGCUUUUUAAGUUGUUCUCCUUCCUCACACAAACAAAUCCCAUCAGCACAAGGUGCUUUGCUGGCUCUGGACAGAUGACAGAACCCCUUGGUUGUUAUAGCUGCUGCCUUAAACCACCGGGUUUCAUUUCUUGCAGAAGUACUAAUAUUCAGAUUACUGGCAGGCUCGGUAAUUAUAUACCCAGGAGCAUGCCUAUCAGCUUGUGUGCCCACAUGUGCAUGCUUAUGUGUACAAGAAUAGACAAGCAACUGUACUCUUGAGUCACAGUGGGUUAAUGAUGGGUCAUUUUUCCAGGACAACACAUUCCCUCAUUCCUGGUCCUUUCCUCCCAUAUCCUGGUAUAACUAAGAUAUGCAUCUUGCAGUCUGUAAUGCAAAAGAGACUUCCCCGGUGAUUGCUUUAGGGUAUGGGUGUGUAGGGGCGUAUGUCUGUGUGUGUGUGUGUGUGUGUGUGUGCACGUGUUUCAUGUGAACAGCCUGAGAGAAAGAGAUACGGGAGGUAUAAAGAUAAUUUUUUACCCUGUUAGGUGCCAGAAGAAUGUAAUCUUAAGCAGUGUUUGAGAACAAAAAUGGCAUUUGCCAAACUUAACCACAAUGAUGAUAUUUUGAAAAACGUUUUUUUUUUCCAUUUUUCUUUGGGUAUCACGAUUAUUCAUAGGCUAACAUAGUGGCCUAAUUAAUUCUGCCAAUAAUGAGGCCAAUAAUAGUGGUAAAAAAAAAAGUGAUGAAAUAUUUUUGUUCUCUUUAUUAUGGAAGGCAGUUCAACCUCAGCUGCAGGAUUCUGUCUGAUGGAGUUAUGACUCUAUUGUCAGGGUAAAAUGCCAGGGAGAGUCCUUGUCUUGGGUUGCCCCUUGGUGAGUUGGCUGGGAGGGCUCUCCAGAGGAGGUACAGGCCAAAUGAAUUGCCCCUUCUAGCCACUCUGUAAUAAAUAUGUACCUAUUAAAAGAAAAGUCGUUGUAAGAUGCUGAUGCUGAAAUUCAUGGUGAGGGAGACCGCCUCCCCACCCAGAAUCCAGUUCAUCCUCCUGACUAACUGCCUCGGCCUUCUGCAGGAAUGAAUAGAUCAGCUUGAGUAAAAUCGUUAUGGUAUCUAGAGGGCUAUAGGGCUCCCCACUCACCUCCAUGGCUGGAGAAGGACAAAUAGCAAACCAUUGUGGAACUUUAUAUAAAUGUAGGUGAUUGCAUUAACAGUAGCUGGUAGACUCUUGGUAAUUUGUGUGAAUGAUGUGUCUAUCAGACUAAUAUGCUUGUCUUCAUUCAUUGUGUCCAAAUUUAGCAUUGAACCAACCACCCUCGACCUAACUGGGGGGUUCAGAGAAAGUCCUGAGGGGGAUCUACCAUUAGGUGUUAAUACAGCUUCUAAUCUGCAAAUAACUGACUAACAAAGUUGAAACUCAAGAGAUUUUUAACCUAAUAUGCAUUUCUCUUUGUUCUGAGACAAAACCAUUACCCGGCAAAAUGCAGAUGGUACCAGAAGGAGAAAAAUGGUUUUUCUCUUCCUCCUGCCUGCAGUCUCCAACUCUUUUCCAAGUUGGCACAGCCAGGAGUGACUAAGUAACUUUUACGGUUAGCUUUCAUCUAGUGUGUGCGUGCAUGUGUGUAUCUGUGUGUGUAUGCGUGUGUGUGCGUGUGUGUAUGCGUGUGCACGUGGGCUGUAUUUUCAGAGGUUUGAUGCGAAAAUUCAAUCAUGAAGUUAACCAAGGCUCUAGAGAGCGUCCUACCUAAAGGUUCAUUUAUCUAUUUAUUUUACAAAAAUUAAAAUUAAAAAAGACUUUAAAAAAAAACAUGGACUUGUAAUGUGAAAGUAAGAGCAAUGACAAAGAAUAAACUGUUAAUAAAAAAUAAAUGCCGAAA